AUGGACGAGCCCGAUUCGAGAAUUGAUUCAGGUGCCAGUGUUUUCACAGUUUAUCUGGCAGCUUCCGAAGAAGGAUGGGUGUACGUGCUGUACGACUGUAUGGACUCCUUACCAUCCCAUCUAGCGUUCAUCUACUUUCUCACGUUGAUAUUCUUUCUGGCUUGGUUAGUGAAGAAUGUCUUCAUCGCUGUAAUCACCGAGACAUUUGCCGAAAUUCGAGUCCAGUUCAGUGAAAUGUGGCAGAAGAAAGACAUAACGUUUGAUGAGGAAUUUCGACAGAUCGUGCUCAGUCUGUUCGUCGCCGUCAUUCUCGACAAUCUCGAAAUGGAUGAAGAGUUGAAGAAAGUCAAGCAACUGAAAGCACGAGAAGCGACUACAUCGAUGCGCUCGACACUGCCCUGGCGUUUGCGAGUAUUCGAGAAGUUUCCCACACGUCCUCAGAUGGCGGCCAUGAGACGGGUAGAUUCCGACUUUCCGAUGCCGAAAGUUCGUGACAGCUUUGCCCAUCAGUUUGCGCUGGAGGGUGUUGAUACUGAAGUUUGUGAUCAAGGUUUGUUUCUUCAUUAUAGGAGCCCGAAUGGCAUUUCAGAACUCCCUUCUUUCGGAACUAACUUCCUCUUACCACUAGUUAACUGA